AAAGUUGAAAAUUGUAAUUGAAGAGUAAAUGAACCUUCGCGAGUGUAUUUGCAGAGGAGAAAAUUGAUUGGUACGCAGCAAGAGGAGAGGAUCGUGAAGGAGAGAAAAUGGCAGCUUCUUCGUCUUCCUUCUUCGCCGCAGCUUCUCAGAAGGUCGGACCAGCCGCUCGCCGUCAAAUUCUUACUCUGACAGAGGCCGCCGCCGCUAGAAUUCGACAACUUCUUCAACAGCGCCAACGUCCAUUCCUCCGCCUUGGCGUCAAGGCGCGCGGUUGUAACGGCUUAUCCUAUACUCUCAACUACGCAGAUGAGAAAGGGAAGUUUGAUGAGCUGGUUGAGGAUCAAAAUGUGAAAAUACUGAUUGAUCCGAAGGCUCUGAUGCACGUAAUAGGAACAAAGAUGGACUUUGUCGAUGACAAAUUAAGAUCUGAGUUUAUCUUUAUCAAUCCAAAUUCCAAAGGUCAAUGUGGCUGUGGGGAGUCCUUUAUGACAACAGGCAGUGCAGAAGCCAACAAAAAAUGAGGCAGUUCGAGCAAUGAGCACUUUUUAAAAAACUCAAAACCCACCGUUGCUGAUUUGUUGCGUGUUUUGGUGGAAUUACAAGGACAAUAAUCAAGAGAGUUCUCUGGCUAGAACAUAAAACAGUUGUAAGAAUAUUUCUAUAUUGGCUAAUUUGUACUCUGCUAAUUAUUUUUUUACUUUUGUAUGUAUAAUCUACUGUAGAUUAAACUGGCUAAUGAGUUAUUGGGUAAUAAAAUUCUCCCACAGACUUCCUUUUGUAA